AAGACCAGCUACUGAGAUGGAUGUCUAAAAAGUGCCAGAACCGAGUCACUUUAUACCGACCACCACUACGUCUCCGACUACUUGUUCUAUCUUCCGCACAACUGCUUCACCUCUACAACACUCAUCUUAUGCAACAACAUAGGUAGCGCCAGUUGUAGUCUCAUGAUUUAUGUUUCAUCAUAUGAAGAAAUUGUGUAGAGGAGAAAGUCUUGAUGUCGAUCUACUCCAUGAUGGUAUGCGGAACGUGAUUGGGGCAGAAUGCCUCGUUAUCGGCCAACCACCUCAAAGAGGGGUUGGGCCGAAUUAGCAGACUCGCUUUUGGCUGGUGGAAUUCGAGUGCGUUGAGUACAGCAAGAGAAGACAUUCUCCACCGCCGACGACAUUCGUUUGGUGAAUCUGAAGGAAGCAACAGGAGGAACAUUGAUAGCAAGUAGACACCUGCUAGAUCCACGUUUAUUUACCUGCAAGAAGUACACCGAGAAUAAAUACUAGUCGGUAAGAACAACAAAUUUUGAGCGGCCUCCUGCAGAAAAAGCACAAUUCCAGGCUCUCGGCUGAAUGCGCGAAGCAGGGGUCGGGACUGGUCUAUAAUGAAUAGAGGACGAAAAUCUGUCCUAGAGAAGCCCGCGCCAUGUCCUGGGACGUUGACCUCGCAUCGCGAGGACGAUAAAGCAGUUGUAUCAGAAGAAGCUGUCGACCACGUUGUUCAUCUCUACUCUAGCAGGAGCAGGAGUAUUAGACAUUUUUUUCAUCUGAACAGAGCAGGUUACGAAAAUCUUCGCAUACGUGAUACCACUGAUGCUCGCAGAAAGGUGAGGAAAGCAGGAGGACGACCAGGAUCAUUAGAUGAUGCAGCAGCAACUACUAGGGGAGUUGAGCUUGAGGCUCAGUUGAAAGUUACGAAAAAUAGUAGGAAAUUAUCAAUAGAAGUGAAGAACUCUGGUCCUGGAGGACUAUGCGGAAUAGCUGCCCAAGAUCAUUUUACAACAUCUUCUUCUUCCUCUAGUGGUGCAGCUAUUCUUGCAACCACACGACCUGUUAGUCGAGCAGAUGAUGGGGAAGCAGAAGAAGAGACAACACCACGAAGACGAGAGGGUGGUAUUACCUUGGGUUCCUCAGCAGAGGUGACGAGUAAACACACGGCUUCUUCUACCUGCCAGGAUGCUACAACAGGCUUUACUAGGCAAAGCUCGGGCGAAGUAAGCGAGGAAGACCAAGAUGGUAGAGAUGAAGCUGUUGACGUAGUACACAAUGUCGAUACCGAUGUGCGUCUGCGGCGAAUGCAGCAAGAUCAACUAGAAGAUCAGGAGAAACGUCGCCGCCGCCGAACAACGAUGAACUUGAACGUAACUAUUGAGAGGAUGGAAGCCGAAGGAGCAAGGCAUCGUUCGUCGCCGACAACAACAUCUUCAUCCCAUGCAUCAACAGCUGAUCUUCAGCGGGACUCUUACUCUUUUAGAAGUUCAUCAUCUCUCACACUCACCGCCCCUAGCCACCAAGAACAGACGCUGUUUCUCUUGAAGGUGCCUACGAAAAACAAGCGUGCUUCAUCUACAACAGGAACUUCCAAUAGGCGAGGCUUGACAAAGCAUGACCCUGUUUCAAGAUCCCUUCUGCCAUCGGCAAUGUGGUUACUUCUUUUGCGCUUUGCAUCAGGGUUCGACUUCUUCGGCAAGCAACGGGCAAAUGACGGACACGCUCCUUCGAGCAAGCAAGAGGUACUAUUCUGUCUGAUUAUUCAAAAGCUUUUCAGAGAAGAUAGAUGUUGUACAGUCUAUCGACCUUCUAACUGAAGAUGUUGAGUCCUAAAACCUUAAUUACGAAAAGGUACAUCCGUCCGCGGCAUCGUCGUCCUCGCUGUUUUCGAACUUUUUUGGGAGUGGUGAGGAAAGUGGGGAAAAGGAAAACUAUCAAGGCCACGACGAAGUCACUCGUAGCCGCUCUACAGCUUCAUCUUCUGAGAGCCGAGAUACAGUGACAGUCUCCAGUUCUUCAACCUCCAAGACGCAACUACUCGAAACUGGAAGUGCUAUCCAUAAUGCUCACGCAACACUGAGUGGAACCAACAAGAGGAAAGCAACAAGGGCUACGAGUGCAAAAUCAACUCUAUCAACGUCGUCUGCUGGUAGUACUAAAUCAGGAACAAGUGGAACGACUACUUAUGCUUCUUCAUCCACGUCAAAUACCGCAUCGACGUCAGCAACGGAAAGCGUGUCAUUUCCAUCUUCAGCGCCAGCUGAUCGACCCCAUCUGUCACUAGUGAUCUUUGGGGAUGACCCGUACUUGCAGGCCUACAAAAAAGAGCUAGAAACGCUAAAGUGCUACGCAAAAACUUGGCAUUUUAAGGCUUCAUCAGAUGCUAUGUAGUAACUCUCAUUUUUCAGCAUUCUCGACGUCCACAACGAAGCGAAAAUCAACAACAUGAAUGAAUCAUGAUCUUCGAACGUCAUUUUUUCCCAGAGCUCUUACUCGUCCUCUGAGCACAUACAAACCUGACACUUUAUUCGUCCACAUCUUUCUCCUCUAAUGCCCACGGCCUCCACAUUCUCCCCAUCGCGUUUAACAGUGUCGAUGCGCGCAACGGACGCUGCUCGCACUUGCGAAACGCACAAAUCCUACGACACUGCCUGAUGGCUGGCUUUCUAGAACGCCAGGCUUUUGAUCCGCGUACAUUAAGGCUCAGCUUUCAAUGGUCACUGGGGUUGGUCACUGAGAUCGAAGAGGCGACCCCUUGAGAGAACAGGGGAAAACGAAGGGAAAGGGGAGAGCUUUGAAGGGGGGUCCCUUCCGUUUAGAGUCAGUGACCAUUGAAGGCUGCGCUUUAAGUACAGGCGUACGGUCAGCGAAGUACUCGGCUUCCGGUGGCUAUACGGUACCAGACAGCAAAAUCGAUGACGAUGAAGGAGGUGGGAGUGGAAGGAAGGGAGGUUCAUCUUUUAUGGAGAACAAGGCAGAACUGAUGGAUGUGAAACUGAUACUAGAGUUUUAGUUGUACUUGUAGUUGUAGAGAUCGCAGUCGCAUUCGUAACUUAGAAUUAUGAACAGGUAUUAUUGAAUCAUCUUGGUCGCAUUCGUAACUUAGAAUUAUGAACAAGUAUUAUAAUUGAAUCUUCUUGUAUUAAGUACUAGAUUGAUAGUCGAAUCUUCUAACACGCCCCCUUCCAAAUCGGCAUCAGCAGCUUCGAAAGAGUCUCAGAACACGAAGUUUUUGGAGCAAUCUGAGACGAAGCCACGAGGGCGCAUCUGGUCUUCAGGCAGUAGUCCGUUUGGCUUUGGCGGCUCGGCCUAUUCCUAUUGGUUCCACGGGUAUGGGCGCGGCAAUGGGCAAGAACACGAACACGCAGAAAAUGAGCUGGAUAACGACCUUAAGGCGACUGUGCGUGUAAGUAGUCAGGUUCAGGAUCAGACGCAUUGAUUCUCAAGUAGAUCAGUUGUCCUUAUUUUUUUGCUUGGAGAACAACUCCCAGCAAGAAUAUGUUCCCCAACAAGGGACAAGAUGCCAAUAGGAUCAUAUCUCAUCAUCUAAUGAGGAGACUAUCUACCUCUUGCUGGACGCAGAGAUAGCAGCACAUGAGGUUUAUCCGAGCUUGUCAGCGUUCUACGAGGAUCAUCCUGGAGUGUACCAACUAGCAGACAUCACGUUCUUCCAACGCAUAUGGGAUCACAUGGAUGAGAGCGAAAGGAGAAAGCGGGCUCAGGAUCACAGUUCUGUUUCUGGGGGAAAUGGGAGUGGAAGCAGUAAAGAUCUAGUACUUCUGCAAGAUGACGGGGCAGAAGGUGGAGAACAGGUCCAAGGAGUUGGAGCAGUUGGAGACUGGAAUAGUGCCAAAGGAACGCAUGGAAUUAAGGCUGCCCGCAAUUACUUGUGAGACGGAGAGUCGACCUCAAGCACCCUCACUGUCUAUUCUACAGAUCAAGAACUGGGGUUGUUAGAUGGGGUGGUUUGAAGCUCUUUACACAAUAUAUUGAAUACUCAAAAUAAGCGAGUAAGUAACACAAUAACCGAGUAUCUGAGAAUGUUUCCUAGCAAGCAUACUCGGUUAUAAUUUGUAUUUCAGUUUUUUGAUUAUCUUGAAGUUCCUUAUUCACAUCAGCAACCACAUGUUUAUAUUUACAGCUCUAGUUUCUUUUUCCUGUUCCUCGCUCCUGAGUUGGAUUCUUCUUGCUUCGAGAAAAUGAGUUACGGAUAACCUCUCCUCUAAUCCAAGCGCCAGCGACUCGGAUCCACCACCAGACGACGAGUUAAAUAAGAGAUUUAACCUGGCAGAUCCGGGUGCCAUAGUUGUGCCAGGUGGUAAAAGCGAAGAUGCUCUUUUUGGAGGUGUCGAGGAUGAUGGCGGUUUCGUUGCGUCCUUGUUUGGAGGGGGUUCGAAGACUAAGAAUGACCUGCUUAUGAAUGAAAAUCUUCUCGGGAUUCACUGUAGUUGGAUCAUUCUUGUCUACUACACCAGGAUCAUGGGUGAAAAUCUUCUUGGGAUUCGUUGUAAAGAGUUGCACCCUUCCAGCUACAGUUCGGUUGUAAUUGAGAUGUUCGUACUCAUUUUCAUUGGACGACUUGAAUGCAUUCUAGACUAGUGAUGAUGCUAGGCUAGGGUAGCCCAAUGCUGCAGAUAUUACAUCAACAUUUUUACUUAUAAUAUUAUUUCUCUUCUAACAUUCGACGCGGCGGACUGAGCAAUUCGUACGCUCCUUAUGGUGGCGGCAGUGAGAUCCAAGAUCCCUUUGCCGGAGGCGAAGUGACUAGCGGAAGCUAUUUUUAAGGCUCGAGCCAAUUCAUUUCCACGACGUGUCAUUCUUUACUGUUUCCACCUUCUUAGGACAAUAUUGAAAGAAUGAGACUAACAAGAAAUGAAUUGUUUUGAGCUCUAAUAUUUUGUGCGGAAUAACGUCAGGACGCGACGAUUUUUGCGACAAUGGGCCAAUUUCGAGUUGCGAUAUCCGAGUGCAGGAUUCACUUCCUACGCUAGCAAUGGAGCACUGCAUUUGGCUCUGUUGGAAGCUUUGGGUGUGGCGAGACCUGCAAAUAGUGGUGGCAUGGGGAUGAGCGUCUCGACACAGUACCAAGGCUACUAGCUGAUCACUCGAUGCCUUCUAAUUAGAGAAGAAGAUUCGUCUUGAAAUCUGAUAGAUUUACACAUUCGCUCUUGUACGACCACUACACUCUAUAACAUGUAGAAAGUUUCCAUCUUAUUCGAUACUCCAGGUCAGAGCAUGUGCCGCAUCCAGUAAGCUUGAUCUCGGCUACUCGAGUGGCGGAUAUGGGACCUGUUGGGGAGUGCGAGAGUCGCUACGUACACCACGAAGAUUCUAGUCUCAUUAUGGAUAAAAUCAGGAACACAUCAGGAACAAAUGUGUUGUACUACUUAUAUAUAACUAUCACCAGCAGAAUCUUGACCCUUUUAGAACGUCAUUGUGCUCACGGGCUUAUAAUAGGGCUCUCACGAAGACUAAUUGUUACCUCUAUACUGAAUCUGAAUGGCCUCGCAGACAUAUAGACGCGAAAUGCUAUAAAAGAAGUACCAAGUUGUUGACAUGACAUUUGAGAAAACCUCCUACCUCUAAUCUCCUGGGCGCCUCGUUUCAAGAGGUGCAAGACCCUUACUCGCAAUUUGUGGCUUGCACUCGAGAUUUGCUAGCUCUAGGAGCUCCACCGACCACUGAAAAAGCAGAGCAAUCUGGAGGACUGUUCUUGGUGACCAAGACACAGGCAAGCGCAUCAUGGUCGCACGAGGGGAAGCGGAUCCACGUCAGCAGUCUGAAUAACCCUGCUGCUGUGGAAAAGUCGGCUUACGAAUACAUGACUUAGAAUCACAAUCAUUCAAAUCUACUUGAGUAAAGCGAAGGACUAUCUGCGAUGUCUAAACUGCAAGAAGUGGAAGAUUGAAUUUCAAGAAGGGGAGAUGUCAAUGCAGGCUAAAUCAAAAAGGAUUGACUUAUAUAAAAGCCACAAAGAGAAGUGCAUCAAAAAGGUUAGAAAAUAAAAAGGUUAACUGCAACAAUUAAGUCCUGCGAACGACCUCUUGCUAGGUAAAUGAAUGAAUGAAUGAGUAAUCAUACUUUUUGUUAACUUCAACACCUUCAUCACACUAAGAUCCUCCUUGUUGGUUCACACAUUUUUCAUUUUUUUGAAUUUCCGUCCAUCCUGGUCCAAUGAGAAAACUUCCCUUCCUCGUCGCAUCCACCUCUUAUCCCUACUCUAACGGCAGCACGACAAGAACGCCGUGAGCAACCUACAGCUAGGCACCAAGUACGCGGUUUCUGAAAGACGCAACUGGCUAUACGCCAUUCCUGACCUAGCUAUCCGAUUGAUCGGCAAUAGCAACGCCUGGUCACCAGACCACCACCAUCAUGGAGGGAGUGCGGAUGAGACGCCGGCCGUGUUGCAGUGGCUCAAGUGGAACCACACUGCUUUGGAUCAGUACUGCUAAGGGAGCGGAGGCUAGAAGGGGUAGGUGAGGAGAUGAAAAUACAAGAACAAUGCCAAGAAUGGAGGACAUGAGGGGUGCAGGUGGAUGGGUAAUGUUGUUUGAGAUGGGAUGGACAUGGAGCGGGGCGUGUCCCGAAUCAUCAUGGUCGCGGUGAAACUCCACAAGAUACUAUUAGAAGUAAAAAGUACAGUUUGAAAGGAGAAAUUCUGAGCAUGAAUAUCUUAUAGGACGAGACGCUGGUGUUUACUACUCACUCAAGUAAAUGGACAAAAAAAUAUUCCAAGAAUGUUCCUAGAUUUAUCUUAAAAUCAAUGAAAAUGAAUCUCAAUCUUCAUGGUAGUAUUGACAUGACCUCACCAAAUGCAGUUAUUUACAGCUACAUUUAAACUUCAAUCGAAAACGAAAUCUAUGAGUUAUAUCUUCAGUUCGAAAUUUAGAGAGUUUCAAUAAUUUUUUCUUUUUCAGCGAAAUUACAGAUUUUAGAUGUUACCUAUCUGAUCACAACGUCAUUUUUCAACCGUCUGAGCAAACCGCAACUACAACUCGACUAUUAACUAAUAGCACACUUCCACAAACAGGAGGUCAAGGUAUAGCUACAGGAACAACAGUCAAUUAUAAGGGAACAACAAACACCACCACAGUCAGAAACAACAGCAAUAUCCAGUCAGCAGAACAACAACGUCAUCGUAGCAAGUAGACCACCACCAGCAGAAAGAUGUUGGUGUCGUGUAGUCGUCCAGUUUAUUGUUUACAAUUCGUCAGCAAAAACAAAUCUAAGGACUACAGUUUUUUCACAAUCAAAUAAGCAUUUAUAUAUAAUGUUAUUAUUUAGAUGGAGGUUUCUUUUUCUUACUCUUUCCAAGGUUCGUUAUCGUUGUACUACAUCUUUCUAGGAAAAAGAAGAUUAGUAAGUAGUUCAAUAUUGAGUUUCUGUUUCUUGUUCAACACUGAAAAUAUCGUUUCUGACUUCUAAGAAGUUCAUACUCAUCUACUUUUCGUAUCACUAUCAUCCUCCAAAUGUCGAAAUUUUAGUUCUACUUUCUUGAGUUUCCUCAUGAUCUUCUUGUACAGAAUCUUCUAUCCAUCAUGGUGAAAAAUGCACAGAAAAAUGAACACCCACCCUACCGUCUUCUUAGCCAUGGCACUUAGAGGAAGAAGAAGGACCGGACUGCUAGCUACUACUGCUGCUACCGUCUUCUCGCUGAGCCAAGUAGUAGUAGGAUGGUGAACAAUAGACUUACAUCCCGUUUUUCCUGCUUUUGGAUCCAUUUGAUUGACAUACAUAGACUUACAUCAUUCAGUAUUCAUCACAUGUACUACAAAAUAACUUGCUGCAUGAUUUUAACUAAGAUCGUUCCUCCCUAAUCCUUCCUCGUUAGCAGGUGGAUGAAGAAGUUUAGUUUACUCUUCUAGGAGGAAUAGGUAGAUGCACGCAGGAGACGGACCACCACGGGGGCACCAGUCAAACUAGAUGAAACCGAUGAUCAACAUGUUGAAACUAGAUGAAACCGAUCAAACCAGGUGAAAUCUACGACCUCACUUACACUUGCAUAUCAUGAGCAUGAGCUUUGAAAUUAUUGAAACCUUCACGUACGCGCUUAAGCAGCUGG